CAGCGCAUGCAAGGUUAAGCACGCAUAAUUAAGGUGCACCUUCUACAUGCAAUUUUGUGCAUAUGUACUGUCUGUGUAUUCUAUUCUGAGAUUAUCCAGUAACGGAUACAUAUUUGGGGGCUUAUUUCACGGCUUUCCUGAAACACAAUCUUGCUAGAUUUUAGCAUGGAGCCAGGCCCAACUAGUGGGAGCCAACUAAAUCGGCUACUCAGCGGUGGAGAUGCUUCACAAAUCUUAAAAGAGAUGCUAAAUGUGGGAAACUCGAGAAGUCCGUCAAACAGCAAUAAUGGAGUUGGAGCGUCACCACAGACAGAAUCGUCAUCCCAAGCUAGCAGAAGUGACCCAGCUGUCAUGAAUGCGACACCAAGCCAAUCUGCCAAGGUACAGAGCCUACUACCAGAUGCCACAGCAAUGGAGGACAUGAUCUCCCUGGAUAAGAAAGUCGCACAAAGCAUUGUCCUAGAAGGUGAUGACCGUGGAGGGUCAGUUCCUAUGUAUGGCCGUGAAGUGGACAUAACACCUAGCAGGGCUUCAUGUGUUGAAAGCUCCAUCCCAGGAAGCAGUAAGGUGAAGAUCACCCCUGUAGUCAACUAUGAAUGGGAGGCGAAAUACUACUUUGGAAACCUCGUAGCGGUCAACGACACAUUCCUUGUGUAUGUGCUUAGGAUUCAGUCAGGUUAUGGCCUGAGGAUUCUAAACCGACGCAGCACUGUGAGGGCGCUGUUGAAAGGAUUUUCUUGUGUCAUCAUCGACAUUGCCUUCGCGUUUCACAAUGCAGAUAUCCUGGGCUGUGUGGACCAGCGUGGCAACCUCUCCGUCUGGCACAUCAAGGAAGAAGGCGGCGUGAUCAGCUAUGAACCCAAGAUCCAAGUGAAGAGGAGCCUGCCUCCGAGUGACUACCAUCGUAUCGUCUGGUGCCCGUACCUUCCCGAUGAUGACCUUUCAAAUGAGUGGAGCAACCUUCUUGCAGUCUCACAUGGCGAAAGGGCUGAACUCUGGGAUAUUACAGCGGUUGCUGGAGAGUUAGGCACCAGUGAAAUCAAGUAUGAACAGGUUUCCAAUGGCCUCAUCGCAAUCAAUGGUCAUACAAAGGCAAUCACCGACAUGGCGGUGUCGCCCGACGGGUCAGUCCUGGCCAGCGCCAGUCUGGACGGUACCGUCAGGUUCUGGCAGAUGUACUGGGAGGUGUCUGAGGAACCCCCAAGAUGUCUUCAUCAGUUCGCUCCCCACGACGGUGAACCGGUCAUGUCUCUCCUAUUCUGUGACAAUCACAAGCAACAAGAUGCGAGCUUGCCGUUCUGGCGAUUCCUGAUCACUGGGGCAGACCAGAACAGAGAGUUGAAGGUGUGGUGCACCGUCCAGUGGAUCUGCCUCCAGAAGAUCCGCUUUGGGUCCUCGCCUAACGACAUUCAACCCUGUCUCAAGGUCAAGCUGGACCUCAGCGCCAGCUUCCUCAUGGCUACGGACAUCAGGAGAAAGGUUUUGUACGUGAUCCAGCUGUACCAACAACACGAUGACGGCACAGCUCACUUCAGCUCGGUGACAGAGUUUCUCCUGAUGCAACCGAUGCUCAGCUUCGCCAUCGUCGAUGCCGGACGAUGUCGAACCAAGCAGACCCAAGAAGAGGCCGAAGAUGGCGAGGAGCUCCAAACAGGCGAAUUUGAAGAAGUAGCUGCAGAAGGAGAGGACGGUGACAAUAUGAACAACGGUCAAGCAGUUAGUGUGCUGGUCAAGAUGUUUUGUGUCUUCUCAAGGGCGCUUCAAGAACUGCAGAUCCGUUUCCAGCCGUCCCCAUCAGUGAAGCAAGAAAUCAUGGCUGGCUCUAUAAACACAACGACAUCACAUGGAGAUAAUACAUUACUGGAUGGACUCUCCGAUGUGAGCUUCAGUGCCACGGAUCGCUCUGUGGCAUCCACAGACACCGAACCGCCUCGCAUUGACCCAGCAUCGCUAUUCUCACCCCAUCGCGACCCCCAGACCCCCUCGGCAGAGACGAGUUCCUUCACCUCCGAGUCCACGCACUCGUCCGGCCAGCCCUACCUCAUGACCCCGGAGUCCCUCAUGAACAGCUCCCGCUCGCCCACCAAGACCACCACGCCUCAGAACCUGCUCCAGGACAGCACCGCCAGCUCCAGUAGCAGUUUCACCCACAUCACAGGGACCAAUGUCUCCGUGGAUGAUCUCCUGAGCUCAUGCGGGACUUCAGAGAUGAACGCUCUGGCUGCCACCCCGGACAGCUCUGUGACUCUCACCCCGACGCCCUCGUCUGCUCCGUCAAAUCAGGUUUCUCCCCUGGUGGGAAAACCAUCGCCGGUCGGGGGAAGUCACCUGCCAAAGACAUACGAUCAGAUCAAGGAGGACGAUGAUGAGGGCCCAAAGUCGCCACCCCCGUCUCCCGUGGGAGGCGACAUCCAGGAUCUCCAGGGCGACCAGUUGCUGGAGUCGUCGGAAAACGUCGCUGAGCUCUUGCAGAAGAGUGCGAGGAUCAAGGAGAAACGUAUUUCGGACUCGAGCGCGGAAGUGGCGCAGAUCCUCGGCGCGAACAUUGAAGGGGAAGAGGCGGAGGAGGAGGAGGAGGAAUUAGAGGAUGAUGUGAUUGAACAGGAGGUUAAUGAUGGAGAUGAUGAUGAUGGGCAUGAUUCACCUGUUACCAUGGAUACAGGGAAAGCGGAUGUUGAUGCUGACCAGGAUGAGAACAGGAGCUUUGUUGCACAAGAAACCAAUACGCAAGACCAAAAGAAAACUGAGGGACUUGUACAAUCUGCAAGAACUGAUCUUAUGGAUGAUGGUGAUGAUGAUUCGCAAGCUGUAUCAGCUGGCAGUGAGAUGAGAGAGGAGGAGAGGGGUAGCGUCCAGUCACCUGGAGGCCCUGUCGUCCUACCGCUGGAGGACCAGGUUUCAAGAAAUGAAACAUCCAGCCCUGAUGGAAUGUACCGUACAUCAGUACCAGUAAACCAGCAAGAUCUUGGACAGAUCAUGGGCAGCUUGGAGCAGAUGAUGUCACUGCUACAGACUCAGCAACAGGAGAUCAAGCACCUGAGACAGGAGAUGAACAAAGCUCAGCUGAGUAACAGCAUCAUACAGUCCACCAAGGCUAGGAUAGACAAGCUAGAGAAGGGGUUGGGCACCAAGCUGGAUACCAUGUUCACUAAGCAAUCAGAACAAGAACGCCAAAGACUGACCCUCGCAUUGCAGGAGAAGACCAACCUGGACAAACAGAAGCAGGAGCGUCUCCUGGAGACGGUCAGCCAGACCCUCAAGCAACAGGUCACCAGCAGACUGGACAAGACUGUCCGCUUGGAGAUUGAGAGCAAGGUCAUACCAGAGCUACAUAAAGUGCUUGUUCCGGUCACCGAGCAGCUGAACACCAGCAUAGCCCAGAAACUGACCGCUACUGACCAGCUCAUGAAGGAGAAUAUUCACAAGCUGGUCAAGUCAAAGGGUGUGGCAGAAACGAUGGGACAAGCUGCAGCCCAUGCUCUUUCAGACACCAUUCAGAGCACAUAUCGAGAUGCUUUCCACAGUACUGUCGUGCCUGCCUUUGAGAGGGCUUGCUCAUCCAUGUUUCAACAAAUCAAUACCAUCUUUGAUGCAGGCACAAGAGAAUAUGUGAACCAGCUUGAGGCGAACCUGGCCAAGAUGAAGCAGAAGCAGAGGGAGGGACAGGAGCCGGUUCUGAAGGAGCUCAAAGCCGUGGUGGAAACACAAAGGACGAGCGCCGAAGACCUCAAAUCCUCCAUCUUCACGAAUGUACAGGGAGAGAUCUCGGAGCAGCUCCACACAACCACAGAAAAGUUAAAGAAAGAAAUGUUGGAGAGGGUGCAGAUCAUCGUCCAGGAGGAGAUCGGGACGGCGCUCAAGGACCAGCAGACCAGUCUCCAGCAGGACGUGAUGGCCGCCAUCCGGUCCCAGGCGGCCACGCCCGUACCCCAGGCUCAGGACAUACAGCACAUACAGGCCAAGAUCAGGCAACUCAUUGAACAGAAACACAUCAAUGCUGCCUUCCAACAUGCUCUGAAUGCAGCUGACCUGCGAGUCGUGGUCUUCACCUGCCACGAGGUGACCCCAGACACCAUCUUCAGCGAUGAUGGAUGUCUCCUGGAGCAGCCCGUACUUCUUUCCCUCCUUCAACAGCUUUCUCAGGACUUGGGCUCACAAACCAAGAUCAAGUGCAUAUACAUUGAUGAGGCUUUGUUGGCCGUGGAUACCACCUUCCCCGUCACUAGGGAGCACCUCUCCGGAGUCAUCACGGAACUCCGUCGGCAGGUCACCAUGGUAUUACAGACGCAACCCAACCAUCCCCAGACAAAACAGCUCAAGAGGGUCCUCAUGCAGGCCCAGUCCCUCAAAUAGGAUGUCAAAAUAGGUGAUCUAUUGAUGCCUAGUCUCUUACAUAAGAUUUCAAAACAAUUUGUUUAUGUUAAUGUGGUCCCGUAAGGAGAAUGUCAUAAACCUGCCAAACUUAAAGCUUUUCUUUAAAUCUAAUGAUGCCCCGAAAAGAAAUAAAUAAAUGAUGAGAAAGGCUCAAAGAGGAUGACAGAGUUAGUCUUGUUGUGAACUUCUUUUAAAAAACACUGUCGAGUCACGAUACAUCCUUGUUAGGCACUUUCAGCUCUAGAGCUUUUUUGUACCAGUUCCAAUUCUGUGUUUACUACAACGAUUCAAAUUCCAUUAAAUUAGAUUAUAUUAUUUGAUGUUAACUGUGUUCUGAGAACAGAAUUGCAGAAUAUAUCGGUAUAACACUUGGGGUCUCUUCUACCAGUAUGCUGAACGUACUGGGACCCUUUUCACAAAGCCUUCUUUUGAUGACAAAUGUCAAAAAUCAGUGACAAACCAAUCAGAAGCAGGGAUUUCAGUAGCUUAUAACAAAAACUGUCAUUUGUCACUGAUGAAAAGUUUUGUGAAACGCCCCCCUCGUGUCAACGCUGCAUCAGAGUUUUCCAUGCUACAGAGCAUGAAAUAGAUUCUUUACAUGCUCAGGUUGUGGGUCUCAUAAAUGCAGCGCCAGCAUUUCAAGUCCUAUCCAAGGGACUGAAGAUUUUAUGCUGAGCGAGGCAAAGACAUAUAUGAAAUUUUUGCUGCAGAGGCGCUCAUUCAUAUAUGCUAUUUACAUUUCAUCCAUUGGUACUUGUGUACAAACUUAUACUUUCAAGUGGUCUUAAAAUGUGCAUGUGUCGUGGGAGAGCUAAUUAUUGAAAAUUCAUGUAUCACACGAAUUACCAAGUUUUCAGUAUUCCCUAAGGCAAGGUAUUUUAUCAAAAAUUAUCAUAAUUCACUUUACUUACAGGCCAAGGCUACACAUUCAUCAGAUAGGGAAUAACCAUGUCAUGUAUAUAGUUAACUGAAAUUUGAAAGAGUCUUUGAUAAAGAUUGUACUUCUUAUAUCCUUUAAUCUCAUGUUUUUGCUUUAUGCAGGGUUUUUUCAGUGAGUUCAGAACUAUCAGGACAUGUAAGGGAUUUUACCCAGUUGAUUGUGCGAAUGAGAUAUGAACAUCUGAAUAAAAAGAUUGCCUAUGGGAACUCAGUGUUAUAUGCUCUGGCUCCUUACCAUUAGGAG